AUGGACCCUCGGGGGCCAGCUCCCCAACCUUUCCAGCAGCCUGAGAAACUGGGUCGUGUCCGCCGUCGGAAGACCAGGCGGGAGCGUAAUGAGGCCCUGGUGGGCAGCCGGCGGCCAGCAUCCCGUCAGGAUCCUCCAGUGGCCAGUCGGGAGCCAGAUGUGACCCGUCAGAAGCCACCUGUGGCCCUCCGGAAUCCUGUGGCCCCUGCUGCCCCCAAGCUCGUGGUCAUAACCCAAAGCCGGCUGAGCCGGGAGCACUGGGGUCUCUUCAGCCACGAGGUUAAAUCCCUGGACGUGGCACGACUGCUUAGCAGUAGGGUCCUGGAGCCAGGUACCCCCCCACUUCCCACCAGGCCCUCCCCAAGCCUGGAGAGCACCCAAGAACCAGCCCCACAGUCAAGGGGCAAGGAGAACCAGUUGCCUGGAGGCUCCGGCCCAGGCCCACCCAGUCCCCCAGAGCUCCCUGGCAUGGGUCAGCUGCUGCAGGAGCUGCAGUGCCACCUGAUUCUGCCACAGGCCUUCCCCAGGAGGAACUUGGUGCAAGAGGCCAGGGACACCAUUGUAGGCACCUUACAGGCCUGUCAUGGCUGUGUGCCUGACCUUGCCCUGGUGCUUCGCGAUUGCCAGCCACCCUUGCCAGGAACCAAGCCCAGGGACCCUGAGGGACGAAGGAUGACACCCUCCUGGAUCAACAGCCCUGAGCAGGCCCCAGGAGAGGGGCAGCAGAGGAGGAGACGGGGGGCAAAGGAGCUCAACUUCAACAUGGGUCACGCCUCCAGCACUCCCACUGCACACAGGGCAAGCCUGGCACCACCAAGGGGCCCCUGGCCGCCCCCCUUGCCUUCAUUACCUUCACCAUCUGGGGCAACCUGGAGUCCCCCAACAGCCUUUGACCUGCUGAAAAGCAUCUGGCUGGUAGCCACGCCACCCCCUCCCCGGCCCCCACCCCCUCCCCGGGGGAUCGGCCCUCCACAGCCCCUGCCUCAGCCGCCAUCUCCUUUGUUGUGCAGAACCUCGGCCCUAGACUGGAGCCCCAGCCCCCCUGCCUCGCUGCCCAGUCUUUCCUGGGUGGUAGCCCAGAGCAGCCCUGAGGCCUGGUCCUUUCCACCCAUGAGACUGUACUGA